ACCAAGUGUAACAAGAUGGCUGAUAGUGCGGAACUGAAGCAAAUGGUAAUGAGCCUUCGAGUUUCUGAGCUCCAAGUGUUGUUGGGUUAUGCAGGACGGAAUAAACACGGGCGCAAACAUGAACUUUUGACCAAAGCCCUGCACCUACUCAAGGCUGGCUGCAGUCCUGCUGUGCAGAUGAAGAUCAAAGAACUCUACAGACGGCGCUUUCCAACCAAAAUGGUUUCGCCGGUGGACCUUGCCCUUCCCGUUGUUCAUUCAGCAUCCAGUUUGCCCACAGGCCUAGCCCAGCUGGGAUUUGACAGCCAUGGUUCUCCGUCACCACUGCUGCCUGUUUCUCUACUUGGACCUAAGCAUGAGCUGAGUCUGCCUCACCUACCCUCCGCCUUGCACCCUGUACACCCUGAUGUCAAGUUGCAGAGAUUGCCAUUCUACGAUGUACUAGACGAGCUUAUUAAGCCGACCAGCCUGGUUUCAGACAAUAGUCAGAGGUUCCAGGAAGCAUGUUAUGCCUUUGCGUUAACGCCACAGCAAGUUCAGCAGAUCAGCAGUUCAAUGGAUAUAUCUGGGACCAAAUGUGACUUUGCUGUUCAAGUUCAGUUAAGAUUUUGCUUAUCAGAGACGAGCUGUCCGCAGGAAGACCAUUUCCCCCCAAAUUUGUGUGUGAAGGUUAACAGUAAGCCCUGUAAUCUCCCGGGAUAUCUUCCUCCAACCAAAAAUGGCGUUGAACCGAAAAGGCCCAGUCGCCCCAUUAACGUAACGUCUCUUGUCCGGCUGUCCACCACAGUUCCCAACACAAUUGUAGUUUCUUGGACCUCAGAAAUUGGGAGGAGUUUUUCUAUGGCGGUGUAUUUGGUAAUACAGCAGUCAUCUGCAGUGUUGUUGCAAAGACUACGGGCCAAAGGGAUCAGGAACCCCGACCACUCCAGAGCUCUGAUCAAGGAGAAACUGACAGCGGAUCCAGAGAGUGAGAUUGCUACAACCAGUCUACGGGUUUCUCUCUUGUGUCCUUUGGGAAAGAUGAGGCUGACCAUCCCCUGUCGGUCAAUAACCUGCUCACACCUUCAGUGCUUCGAUGCUACACUUUAUAUCCAAAUGAAUGAGAAGAAGCCCACCUGGGUGUGUCCGGUCUGCGACAAGAAAGCACCAUAUGAACAUCUAAUUAUCGAUGGACUGUUUAUGGAAAUCUUAAAUAGCUGCUCUGACUGUGAUGAAAUCCAGUUCAAGGAAGAUGGAAGCUGGGCCCCCAUGAAGUCUAAGAAAGAGGUGCAGGAGGUGGCAGCUUCCUACAAUGGUGUCGACAGCGAUUUGUCUCGAGCAGAGAGCCAGGAUCAGAAACGGGGAUCGUCUCAAGACAACAACAAGAAGGUUGACGUGAUUGAUUUGACACUGGACAGCUCGUCAGAAGACGAGCAGGACGACGAACCCCCUCUGAAAAGGGUGUGCCCCUCACUGUCACCUGUCUCUCCUCCUGCGAACAAAGGAGUGCUGAACCUGCACAGUCAACCAUCACCUGUCUCCAGAGCUCCCAGCAUGCCCCCUGUGGAGACCAGCUACAUUCCUCCACCGCCACCUCUAAUUCAGGACUACCGCCAUUAUUAUCACACAAGUGACCUGCCAGAGCUAAAUUUCUUCUCCUUCCUUCAAGGUGACAAUCAGCAUUACAACAUGGUGAUGGCUGCUGCAGCGGCUGCGUCAGCGUCCGCUCCAGAGGACCACGACCUGCUUCUUAACCGUUUCCUGCCCUACGGCUCCUCUCCGAUGUUACGGGAGCAGCCGGGCACCCCCGGGAGCAGCACGCUGGCAACAACUAACGGAGGCAGCAACAGUGGCAGCACCAGUAGUUUGGUGUCUUCCAGCAGCCUACGAGACCGUGACAAAGACAGGGACAGAGACAGCCAUGGGAUUUCAGGCUUGUCGCGGUCCUCCAUGGAAGCAGCAGCAGCUGCAGCCAUUUAUGGCUCCAUAUCUGACGUUAUCUCUCUUGAUUAGACCCACACAGAACUGAAGCACAAGGGAGACCCCAACAAGAGUUCUUUGUAAAUAGUAAAGUGGAAGACGAAGGAUAAAAGUGCUAUGUACAGAGAGGAAAAUCUAUUUUCAAUUUUACUUAUCAUAUGUAUAUAAACUUGGGAC